GAUCAGCGGAUAUGCAUGCCUCUCCAGCUUAUUACACCUGUUGGCUGUCGCACCCACACUCACUCAUUACACAGAUAUACGCUGUCCCUCAUCGCCGGCGUCGUAAUUAAGCUCACCGCCAUGGAUUCCGACGACGACGUCAGCAACCACAAGGAUUACCAGAUCCCUCCUUCUAGUUCUCCUGCCCUAGGAAACCCGCUAGUUCUAUGCCGGAAUCUGGUGUCGUCUCAGGCGGAGCUGAUCUCGAUCUCCGUCGUCAGCCUGGCGUCGCCUUUCCUCCGCCGCCUCCUGCUGGGGCUGCUGGUGGCGGCGUACGUCUGCAUCCUGCUGCUGAUGGUGAUGGCGGCGGCGGCUGUGCUGGGAGUGGGCCUGGUGAGGAUGGUGGUGGAGGAGCCGGUCGCCGUCCGGGAGAGCCUGCAGUUGGAUUACUCGGCGCCACACCCGACGGCGGUCUUCAGCUUCCGGAAGAUGGGCGGCGCCGCCGUGCCGGUCGGACAAACCCUCCAUGUCUCUUUGCUCCUUGUCAUGCCUGAAUCUGACUACAACAUAGACGUUGGGAUUUUCCAGUUGAGCGCUGAGUUGAUCUCAGUUAGAGGAGAGUUGGUUGCAAAAUCAAGCCAUCCAUACAUGUUGAAGUUCCGGAGCUUUCCGAUCCGGCUUCUUAGGACAUUUGUAAUGGGGGUACCGUUGCUGCUCGGUCUUACCUCGGAAACUCAGACUGCAGUCUUCCCGAUUCUCAAACACAAAGAGACAAGCUACCCUCGAACAGAUAAAGUCCGGAUCACCAUAAAUCCACGGGCGGGCGAGCCGGCCCUUCCUCAAUUAUACGAGGCGCAACUCGUGAUGGUGUCCCGGCUUCCGUGGAUGAAGGCGUUGAUCUACCGAUGGAAAUGGACAUUAUAUGUUUGGACAACCUUGUACAUAUUUGUCCUAUUUGUCAUGCUUCUUGUCGUGUUCUUGAAACCUCUCGUGUUCCCAGUUAUCGCAGCGCACCCUGUCGAGCACGAGCGUGAUUCCUCGUCGUUGGGAUUGGGGUUGGUGUCUCGAGAAAAGAUGAUGAUGCCGAGGAUGGGAGAGGAAAGAGGGGUGUCCGAAUCGCUUAGGAGAUGGCAACGGAGUAGGAAUAAAAGAAAAGCCGCACUUUUUCAAGGAUUGAUGGCGGAGGCGGAUAGAGUCGACUCCUCGGCUUCGAGCAUUGUGUGUAGCCCAAGCUUCGAAGAAGGCAGUGCCGAAUCGGAAUCGGUGUGUUUUAAAGAAUGAAGUGGCCAGACAUGAUAUGGUACCGUAUGUUUUUUUUUUUUUUUGCUUUUCGCGAAAGAGCUUUUAACUUUUAACGAGUCGAAAUAUGGUCAGUGAGCUUUUAUUGAA